AUGGGAAAAUCAUCUAUAUUUAAUCAAAAAAGAGCAAACUUUACAGACGAAAAUAAAAUAUUUAUCAGGGAACAAUCUGAUAAAUACCAAAAAUCAACAUCGAGAGAUGAAAAAACGAAUAUAAUCAAACAAGUUCUUCAAUAUUUUAAUAUUAAAUACGCCGAAAAUGAAUCUAAAGCUGUCAGAAGAUAUUUUAGUUAUAUUGCAGUUAAAAAUAUUCCCGCAGUUACUGGAAAAUAUCCUGAUACAAUUGUUCGCAAAGAUAUGCUUUAUUCGCAUGAUCAUACAAAUAUUAUUAAUUCAAAUAAUAUUGAACGUUACUACCGUUGCAUCGAUCAUUCUUGUCAAGCACGUUAUUUAGUUAAAAUUGAGAACAGUUCAGUUUCCGAAGAUUUACAAAAGGAACAUAUACCCGAAUGCAGACAAUUUAAAAAGUUACAAAAUGAAAAAAAUGAUCUUCAUAAAUCAAUGACUCUGACAGAAAUAUACAAUAAGGCAAUGGCAAAAUUUUCUGAAGACAACGGCACUUUUCAGCAGAUUAAAAAAUUUAUGACAGAACUUGCUGUUGGUACUGAUGAAAACCCAUUAAUUAAAGAUUCAUUGGUCAGGGAAGUUUAUAAUAAGUCCAGAAAAUUUUCUGUUGGAGAAAAAAUUACAGACGAUGAAAUUGCUAAUUUUUGUUUAAUAAAUGGCGAGCAGUUUUUCAUUGGCCAUGAUUUUCAAGCAAAUUGUGAGACGAUGUUUUUUGGUUUUGAGAAGGCAAUUCAAUUUGCAAAAGAAGCCACAGAUUUAUUUUGCGAUGGAACUUUUAAAAUUACACCAAAACAUUUUCAAAAAGGACAGAUGCUAACAAUUAUGAUUUGUGAACCUUCAACAAAUCAAUAUCUACCACUUUUAUUUAUAUUCAUGAAAAACCGCACAUUUGAAUCUUAUAAGAAGGCAUUUGAAUAUAUUUUUACUGUCAAGGGUAUUCAAUUUUCAAAGCUAAUUCAAAUUCAUUGUGAUUUUGAAAAGGGAAUGAUAGAGGCACUUCAACAAAUUUUCCCUAAAGUCCGUAUAAUUGGAUGCCUAUUUCAUUUCAAACAAGCUUUACACAGGAAACUUGUAGCACUUUAUACAAAAAAUUUCAAUACUUUACAAAAUUCUUUAUUUAAGCUAUAUUCUAUUACUCCAUUCAUGUCUCAUGAAGAAUUUGUACUUACAAUGCAUAUAAUUAAUCAAAAUAAAGUUGAUUCGAUCAAAGAUUAUAUUGAUUAUUUCAACAAAGUUUGGUUGCCGCACUACAAUUUAAUAUCUCAAUAUAAUAAUGCAACUGCAAUAUUCACUAAUGAUUGCCUCGAGAGUAUGCAUUCAGAAUUUUCUUCGUUAAAACAUCCAAACAUUUAUGAAGCUAUUAAGAAGAUAUCUCAAAUCCAAUUAGAUAAAUAUAACGCCAUCAAAAAUAACCAGAAG